CGGAGUAGUUUUGUGAAAGCGAUGAAAGAAAUGAAGAGAAGAGAUUUAUCGAAAGAAGAAAAGAACAUAGGAAACUGUGUGCUGUCAGUUAUGUGUCAUUUUUAGUGAUUCUGAAAUUCAAGAAAUAAGGAAAAAAUAAUAAAACUUACCUAUUUUUUGUAAAUUUAUAGUUUUUCGUUGUAAUCAAUAGUUGUAUAUAUUGUACAAAUUUUUGUUAUGUUAUAAUUAGAUGUGUGAAGAUUUAUCCUGCAGUGUUAAGGAAAUGUCUAGUAAGAGCUCCCUGGUUAUAGGAAACAACACAUCUGGUUUAAGACAGUUCGACUUAGAUCAAAUAUGGGGAGAUUUGCAUGCUGGAAUCCAGCAAGUGUAUAAUAGAGAGACAAUGCAUAAGUCACGUUACAUACAGUUAUACACACAUGUUUAUAACUACUGUACUUCAGUGCACCAGCAAAAUAAUGGUCGUGCCUCUGCAAAUACCACUUCGAAGAGCAAAAAGAACCAAGUUGGAGGUGGUGCCCAAUUAGUUGGAUUAGAACUCUAUAAGAGAUUGAGGGAAUUUCUCAGAAACUACCUAGUUACAUUACUCAGUGAUGGACUGCAUCGCAUGGACGAAGACGUGCUUAAAUUUUACACUAAUCAAUGGGAAGACUAUCAAUUUUGCAGUAAGGUUUUGGAUGGCGUCUGCGCCUAUUUGAAUAGACAUUGGGUAAAAAGAGAAUGCGAAGAAGGAAGAAAAGGUAUCUAUGAGAUAUAUCAAUUGGCGCUUGUUACUUGGAGGGAUCAUUUGUUCAAGCAGUUAAAUAAGGCAGUUACCAAUGCAGUACUCAAAUUAAUAGAAAAAGAAAGAAACGGCGAGACAAUAAACACUCGUCUGGUAUCGGGGGUUAUAAAUUGUUACGUAGAGUUGGGUCUCAAUGAAGAGGAACCGGGAGCAAAAGGACCAAACCUUUGUGUCUACAAAGAUAGUUUCGAAAACGUGUUUCUCGAAGACACCGAACGAUUUUAUACAAGAGAGAGCACGUCUUUUCUGGCAGAAAACCCGGUUACUGAAUAUAUGAAAAGGGCGGAACAAAGGCUCUUGGAAGAACAAAAGAGAGUGCAAGUUUACCUUCACGAAACUACCAGUGAACGUUUAGCGAAAACUUGCGAAAGAGUUUUGAUCCAGAAACAUUUGGAACUGUUUCAUUCUGAAUUCCAACAGCUAUUAGACGACGACAAGGAUGCCGACUUGGGUAGGAUGUACAGUUUGGUGGCGCGAAUACCGGACGGACUGGGCGAGUUGAGAACUUUGCUCGAACAACACAUAGCUGCGCAAGGUCUAGCUGCUAUCGAGCGUAGAGGAGAGAGUGCUCUCAAUGAUCCCAAGGUUUACGUGAACACCAUUCUAGAAGUACACAAGAAAUACAAUGCGCUAGUGUUGGUCGCGUUCAGUAACGACAGCGGUUUCGUUGCUGCAUUAGACAAGGCCUGCGGUAGGUUCAUCAACGCCAAUGCCGUUACUAAACAAGCCAAUUCUAGUAGCAAAUCGCCCGAGUUGCUUGCCAAAUACUGUGAUCUGUUGUUGAAGAAAUCAAAUAAAAAUGCCGAAGAGGCCGAGCUCGAAGAUACAUUAAAUCAAGUGAUGGUUGUGUUCAAAUACAUAGAAGAUAAGGACGUAUUUCAGAAGUUUUACAGUAAGAUGUUGGCUAAAAGGCUAGUGCAACACAUGUCGGCCAGCGAUGACGCCGAGGCAUCGAUGAUCUCCAAACUCAAACAAGCUUGCGGAUUCGAAUACACUUCAAAGCUGCAGCGAAUGUUCCAAGAUAUUGGAGUAUCGAAAGAUUUGAAUGAACAAUUUAGGAAUCACCUUGUUAAAUCAAACGAAUCCUUAGGAAUAGAUUUUAGUAUUCAAGUAUUGUCUUCAGGUUCUUGGCCGUUCCAGCAAUCAUUUACUUUUGGUUUACCUUCUGAGUUGGAGAGAAGUGUACAUAGGUUUACGAAUUUUUACUCAGGUCAACAUUCUGGUAGAAAGUUGAAUUGGCUUUACAAUAUGUCUAAAGGAGAGCUCAACACAAAUUGUUUUAAAAUUAGGUAUACUUUACAAGCUAGUACUUUCCAAAUGGCGGUAUUGCUGCAGUACAACGUUGCCGACAGCUGGACCAUUGCUCAGCUGGAAGAGAAUACACAAAUAAAGAACGAUUUUCUAAUACAAGUUAUUCAAAUAUUACUUAAGGCUAAGUUACUCAAUUGUGAAGAUGACGAGAAUGAUCUUACUUUAAAUUCGACGGUUACUUUGAAUUUAGGAUACAAAAAUAAAAAACUUCGUGUUAAUAUUAAUAUUCCAAUGAAAACGGAAUUAAAAAUGGAACAAGAAACUACUCACAAGCACAUAGAAGAGGAUAGAAAAUUAUUGAUUCAAGCUGCAAUUGUUCGAAUUAUGAAAAUGAGAAAAGUUUUGAAGCACCAACAGUUAGUUGCUGAGGUUCUAAAUCAGCUUUCUUCUAGGUUUAAACCAAGAGUCCAUAUUAUUAAGAAAUGUAUAGACAUUCUAAUAGAAAAGGAGUACCUGGAGAGAACUGAUGGCCAAAAGGACACUUACAGUUAUCUUGCAUGAUUCAAAAGUAGUGUCUAACUAUAAAAUAAUUUAUUUUUUGACUAAUUGAAAUAAAAAAAAAUGAAGGUUUUUGUGACUGUGGAACUGUGGCAUGUAUAAUUGUAAAUACCUAGGAUUGAUUGUAUUUUGAAUCUUGAAAAAAUUUGAAGAUCUACUAAAUAAAAACAGUUACAUUGUCUAUGUUUUCCUAACGACUUCUUAUUAUUGUUAUUUCUUUCAUUUGAGAUUUUUUCUUUUACGUUUUUUAACUUUCUGAUUUGGAACAUUUGUUAUACAGACUGUCGUAGAAGAGUUAUUAUUAUUAUCCUUUAUAUCCCGCCUUUUUUUGUUAUUUUAUCCUGAAAACCAAAUAAUGAUACAGGAUGACUAAAUAUAUUUGAAACCGUUUCAAAGACUUAGUAUUUGAGAUUUUCAUUCAACAUCUUUAAAAAAUUGUAUUUUUAUGUGAUAAUUAAUUUAACACUAUGUAUAUUUUUUAAAUAUUCAAAAGGUAUUUUCUUUUUCCUUACUUAAAAAUGUAGUAUAGAGCUAGUAAGAGUUUUAUUUUUGUAUAUUUCUUUCAAAUAACUAAAACGAAGAAAGUUAUACAAAAAUUAUAGUUCAAUGACUGUUAAAAGUGCUGGCCAUUUACUGUAACACAAUUAUUAAGUCUUUUCUAUUUUUUUUUAUUCUAAAUGUUAGAAAGGGGA